AUGAAAGAAUUUGGAAAAAAGAAAACACGGUGGUGGAUAGAAACAACAACUCCUGAUAAUAACACUGAUGCCAAUUAUGUCGUCAACAUCAACGCCGACGCAGACGCCAAUGCAGACGCCAACACCAACGUCAACGCCGACGCCAAUGCCGACGCCAAUGCUGACGCCGACGCCGAGCGUCGAUUACUUCUAUCAGUCGGGGCGCCAUCCCGUCGCGGGGAUGCUUCUAUGAUAAACGGUAUAAAACGGCAGCGACCAAUACCUCAGACCUUAUGCGGCGCGCUGCAAAAGGAACCGAAUUGCAAAUGCCUGGUGCUAACAGUCCUUAUAUACGGCUGUCUUGCAGCAGUAACAUGGUGCAGAUGUGCCAAUGUUACUAAGAUUAUGGUCAACUACACCAAAUUCCCUAUUAGAAGUACGAAACACGUAUCAUCGCCCUGUGAUGACGGCUAUAUAUAUAUUCCGGUAGCAUUUAUGGGGAUGCUGUAUCUGGUUUAUCUGGUGGAGUGCUACCAUUCGCCAAUCAGGAUCGAUCUAUUACACACGGAGAGCCAGGACAGCGUGUUGUCCAAAUUGGCACAGCUAAAGAUGGCACAGCCGCGAAUAUGGUGGAAGGCAGUUUCCUAUCACUACGUGCGCAGGAAGCGGCAAAUCACGCGUUAUAGGAAUGGAGAUAAUUAUACUACCACACAGGUCUAUUAUGAAAGGGUGAACACACACUCGGCUACCACUCACUACUAUUACGACUAUUGCGGAGUGAAAGACAUCAGUAAAGAAUUGAUACUCGAGGCCAAGAUACCAAUUACGAAGAUCACACUUACUAAGGGCUUUGCAUUUUCGAAUAUAAGAUCCGCUACGGAAUUCGAAGAGGCACGAUCAAGAUUUUUCGCCGAACAAGAAGUUAGUGAUGAUUAUAUGGAGAUGAGAGAAGGUCUUGAUCUUGGAUACAAUGUUAAUACGAUGCUGGUUGCUGUUCUCGGUAAUCCAUGGUUUACAAAUCACUAUAUUUAUUGGAGUCUGAGCGCUCUGCUGCUUAGCUGGCCGUUACGAGUAAUCAUCGAAUACAAAACACAAUACGCCGAUUAUCAG